UAUUUACCAAUACUCGAGGAAUAUUUAAGUUUAUCGAUAAGGAUCCCAAGUAUAAAUUUAUAUUCGAUAGUCAAUUUUUAUUUCAUUUAUACUUUUUAUUUUCUCAAAAUGUUGAUAAGGAUAAGUUGUGUUUUUGUUGUUUGUUUGGCAAGUUAUCUUACCAAUGCCAGACAAUUCCCAAAUGAUUUUAUGUUCGGUGCCGGAACCGCUGCUUACCAAAUUGAAGGAGGAUGGAACGAGGAUGGUAGAGGACCUUGCAUAUGGGAUAUUUUUGUAGAACAAAGAAACUUAAGUGACGCAAAAGUAGCAUGCGACUCUUACCACAAGUGGCAGGAAGAUGUUGAAAAUGCCAAGAAUUUAGGCCUAGAUACAUACAGGUUUUCAAUUUCAUGGUCCAGAAUCCUCCCAAAUGGCACCCUAAAUAUAAUCAACCAAAAAGGUAUUGACUAUUACCUAAACCUUAUUAAGGCUCUAAAAGUAGCUGGAAUUGAACCCAUUAUAACUCUAUACCAUUGGGACUUACCACAAUACCUUCAUUUACAAGGAGGGUUUUUAAACCCACAACUGGUUGAUUAUUUUGAAGAUUUUGCCAGGCUUUGUUAUCAGCAAUUUGGCCAAUAUGUUCAAUAUUGGUUGACUAUAAACGAACUAUUCCAAGUUUGUUAUGUGGGAUAUGCGGCUGGAAGUUCAGCCCCUGGACUAUACUUGGAAGGUGAUGGGGUUUAUCAGUGUUCUUAUGUUCUUCUUCUUAUGCAUGCAAGAGCUUAUAGAGUAUAUGAUGAAGAAUUUAGAAAUAAGUAUAACGGACAAGUGGGAAUUGUAAUUAAUUCCGAAUGGAGAGAGCCAGCUAGUGAUAGUACUGAGGAUCUGGAAGCUCAGGAGCAAGCUUUACAAUUUAGUAUUGGUUGGUGGGCAAAUCCGAUAUUUCUUGGUAACUGGCCUCAAAUAAUGAUUGAUAGAAUUGCCAACAGAAGCAAAUUAGAAGGUUUUACUAGAUCCAGAUUACCAGAAUUCACUGAAGAAGAAAUUAAUUAUAUUAACGGAACUCAUGACUUCUUUGCUUUUAAUACAUAUGGAACCCAAAUUGUGUCCUAUCAAGAAGAGGAUCCUAUAAGUUAUCCUAGCUACAUUUUUGAUCGUGGUGUUAAUACGUCCGAUGAUAUUCUCCAUUACGCUUUAGGAAUCAGAAGAGAAAUUAACUUUAUUAAUGACAGGUACAAGCCAAAGGCCAUAUUAAUAACAGAAAAUGGAGUUUCACAGGAUGAUCAGAGCCUAGAAGAUACUGAAAGAAUAGAUUUUCUAAACAGUUUUCUAAAUAACAUCUUGGAUGCUAUUUUGUUGGAUAACGUCAAUGUUAUUAGUUACAAUGUGUGGUCUCUAAUGGACAAUUAUGAGUGGGGAAACUAUGAUUCUAAUAUGGGAAUAAUUCAAGUGGAUUUUUCUUCUCCGAACAGAACAAGAACAUGGAAGAAAUCGGCCAGUUGGUACCAAAAUCUUGCCACUACUAAAACUCUGGAUCCUAUUAAAAGUUUUUAGGCUUUACAUUAAAUAUAACAUAUUUUAAUAUACAUUUUAUAAAUAUAGGGAUAUAUAACUCUAUCUCUCUCUAUAUAUAUAACUCCUAUUUCUAUUGCAAUGUUUAUAAAUAUAUAUAUUUUUUAAUAAAAA